AUCACAUCAACAGCGACACUUCUGAAUCUUCACGAAACAAACAUUCAGUAUGACAGCCAAUAUCACCACUCCUAUCCCCACUCUUCGCCGUAUCGUCACCUCCCAUCACUCCUCUGACAAGUCGGGCGACAACGUCACCUUCCACGACGAUACAGUCAGUCUGAAUCCUGUCCUUAACGGCCGCGCCUUCCUCACUCCUCUCUACUCUGCCAUGGGUCUGCCUGCUACCAACCCCCAUAUUGUCACCCCUCAACACAUCUCAGAUGCUGUGGCUGCUGUUCCAGGCGUGUUCAUCCCAGGCGGUACAAAUGGCUCAGUCACUGCCCUCACCCCCAACUUCAGAGUGGGUAUGCACAGAUCAUCUUCUAUCGAUUACAACGUCUUUUUGGAGGGGAGCGCUUAUCUGGUGGUGCCCGAUGGAAAGGGCGGCGAAAGGCGAACUUUGGUUAAAGCUGGAGAGCUGGUGAUUCAGACAGGAACUCUGCAUGCUUGGGAAGCUGGAUCCGAUGGAGCGAAAUGGGUUACUGUAGUUGUAGCUGCUCUGCCUGUAGAGGCUGGGGGGAAGAUGCUGGAGGAUGUCGAUUUUUAGAUGCUUCGUACAUGUAUAAGGAGAUGACUCGUCACGAAAGAGGAUUCUGGGAUACCGGAAAUAGGUUGCCGAAAUAUCCGGAGGAGAUCGCCUGGUCGCACAAGCACCAUCGGUUCUUCUCGUUGUUUCUUUAAUUCCGU